GGCACAAUGAAAGUAGCGAUAUUGAUAGCUGCAACGGUCUUAAUUGUCUAUGCGGAACAAGAUCCAUUCAAAUGUGAUAAAGAUGGAAAAUGCGCACCAGGACUGCGAUGCGAAGACGGCGACUGUGUUUUGCGAACCGAUUGUCCAGUGCUGUCGAUGCCGCGACUGAAGGCUGGUUGCAAGAUGGAGUUGAUCGUCGACGAGAGAGACUGUCCCAUGCCGAAAAUCGUGUGCAACAAGAAAAAUUCGCAAUGCGGAUCAGUCUUCUGCGAACCCGGCUAUGAAUGUGAUGAUGAGACUUUGAAGUGCGUUCCGAGAGUGGACUGUCCUAGCAUAGCCCUUCCAGAAGUGGAGGGCUGUACGGACAAAAUGAUUCUGGACGAAUUUGACUGUCUUGUUCCAGUAAGAACUUGCAAACAGGAAAAGCCAUUGCGACAAAGAAGGGAUACCGCUUCGACAAAAUCAAUGGUGAAAUGCCCAAAGAAUGCUGAAUGGCGAGAAUGCACCAACAUUUGUCCGGAUAAAUCCUGCGACAAUUACUUACACGUAUCCACUUGCUUUUCUUUGCGUUGUGGCAUGCCUGGAUGCAUGUGCAAAGAAGGUCAUGUCUAUCUGACAAGUGCUAACAAAGAUGCCGGUUGUGUGCCAAGAGAGACCUGCGUAAAAUUGGAUGCACUGAAGAAGAACGUUAUUGCAAACAAGCCAAGGGAUAGAGGAGUCCAGGAAACCAAGAACUAAUCUUCAUGUGGUGUACGUGUACAUAGGUUCAAAACAUAUGCUCAGUUGACGUGUAUAAUAAAGUUUUGCAUGAUUUUCUCGAC